UAAUAAUAUUCAUAAAAUGAACUACGACAAACAUUUUGAAGAAAACAUAACUGAUGAUAUUCUGGACGAGAAUAUUUCCAGACCAGCAUUCAUUCGUUCUCUCCAUCUUGAGACUAAGACUCCAGCUACUCCUUUUGACCAGGUUUCAAGUGUGAAGAAGUUUAGGAAGGUUGCCUCUUGACCUAUUUCUGAUUAUAAGAAUGAUGGUUUAACAGGAAAUUUUGAACCUUCUUGUGAAAAUAAAGGCCUUCUUAUGAAGAAAGCAUCUUCAAAGACUCAAUUCCCAACAAACAAAAUUCAAGCUGAUAUUCGAAAUCUGUUACAGAAAGCAAUCCAGAUUAGGAACAUAUACAGUUUCGAGUGAGAGCUAGACGAAAGCCCGAAGUUUGGAACUAAUGAAUGCCAUGCCUUACAGAUGCCCAAAGGCGAAGAAGUGACUGUUGGAGAUCUCCAUAAUCCUUUCAAUUGCUAAAUUUGUAUAUUAAUAAGUUCGAAUCUAAA